GGCGAAAGGACUUGAAUUCGUUCACAAAUGAUUCAUUUUCUGAGAUUUUCUAAAAUAUAUUAAUUGCAUUUCUUUGUUUGUCAAGAUGUUUUCGAGUGGUCCUAACUAUAAUAAGUUGAAGACAAACCUCAGGGUUUGUGCAACACGCUUGAAACUUUUGGAGAAAAAGAAAACUGAAACGAAUCAGAAAGCAAGAAAGGAAAUUGCUGACUUUCUGGCGAUUAAUAAACCGGACAGAGCAAGAAUUCGCGUUGAAUCAAUCAUUCGUGAAGAUUAUUUGAUCGAAGCAAUGGAAAUUCUCGAAAUGUUUUGCGAUCUAAUUCUUGCGCGUUUUGGAUUAUUAACACAACUCAAGGAGUUAGAUGAAGGAAUCUCGGAAGCAGUUUCAAGUAUAAUUUGGGUCGCUCCCAGACUUCAAGCAGAUUGUGCUGAAUUAAAGGUCGUUUCUGACAUGCUUCAGUCAAAAUAUGGAAGGCCUUAUGCGGACGCUUGUCGUGCAUCGGUUCAUCCAGCUAAUGUUUCAGAGAAACUACAGCAUAAGAUGAGCAUCCAAGCACCGCCAAAGCUUUUAGUCGAGAAAUACUUGAUUGAAAUUGCAAAGAUUUUCAACAUUGAUUAUGAGCCUGAUCAAUCGAUUAUGGCCAGCGAUCAUCAUCAUCGUCCUGAAGGAUUUUUGAUUGACUUGAAUGAUAAGAACAAUCUUGAUGGAAAUAUUCCACCACCACCAGGCCCUGGUUUUGCUGCUUUCCCACAGCCACCACCAUUACCGUACAUGCCUCCACAGCCACCGGGUAACGUCCCGUUCAACUAUCCUUAUCUCCCACAAAACAAUAUUCCGUUCAAUUAUCCAGGUCCGCAAAACAAUAUUCCGUUCAAUUAUCCAGGUCCAUCGAACAAUAAUAACAAUAAUGGUGGAGGUGGCGUCAAUGAAUCUUUUCACAGCGUUCCUAGUGCUCCUUAUAGCUACAACAUACCACCAAAUUCAUCUUCUCAAUCACAAGAUUCAACAGAACAAUCAGAAAAGAAAGAUUUGAAUGUUAACUUCCUAAGUGGGGAAAUAAAGCACGAUUCAUUGCCUCCUCCAUAUUCAUCAAUAAGUCCGGAUGAUAACAUUCAGGAACAACAAAUUAAAAUUUUCAUAAUGGAUCAACAAGUUUUUAUGGACCUUGAAACUUUUAACAAUAUUCGACAUAUGCAACAGCAAAAUUCAGAGGUGCAGCAACAAUUUCAGCCUCAAGGCAUAAGCAUAAUGUCUGGCGGUGACCAGAAAUCACAAGACUCGUCUGUUCUGCAAAGUGAUAACAUUUUAUACUCGCCAAUGAAACAGAAUGAGCAAAAUCAGCAAUUUAUCACUCAGGAUGAUUCAAUGCAAAAUCAUUUCCUGAUUCAGUCGCCAUCACGAACCCAACAACAGCCUCAAGUCUUUUAUACAACAAACAUAAGCCCACAAAACCAUCACAACAUUAUUGCACAACAAGCACCGCAAAAAUUGGUCCUACAAGCGGCACCCAAAGUUGUUGUACAGCGGAAUACGGAUUUGUUGCAAACUCCAACAAAUCUACCCCAAAUUAUUGAUCAACAGAAUCAGCAAACAAUUCAAUAUCAUUAUUCACCACAAAUUGAUCAACAGGGACAGACACAACAGCUCGUAAUUCAACAACAAUCGCCACAAAUUAAACAGACAAUUUAUCCUCAACAAGGGAAUCAAGUUGUAUCACAGCCGCAUUACUUUCAGUUGCAACCAAUUCAGCAACAAAAUAUUGUCCCACAAGGAGCAAAAAUCGUCAUGCAGAGUGGAAAUCAAUUGCGUUACAGUUUCAUCCCCAAAUCUCAGCAACAAGUACAACAAAUCGCAGUUCAGAAUCAACAAACAGGUCAAAUUAUGCAAAUUAAUCAACAGCCACAAAUUCAACAGCAAUCAAUAAGUGGAGUGCGACAAUUUCGACCGAAAAUGUUAGGACCGAAUGUGAGAGUUCGUGUUGGAAGUCCAAUUUUACAGCAGCAACAACAGCAACAGUUGCAAGUUCAGACGUCAGUAAUUCCACAAAGAGUAAGAUCUCCACGGCCAAGAUUCACAAGACCUCAACAAUCACCCCAAACUCCUGUUCAAAGCAACAACAAUCAACAGAUUCGUCCGCAAACCCAACAAAAAAUGGUUUACUUUUUACAAACAAAUGCUGAUGGCACUUCAGUCUUAUUGCCACAUCCACAAUAUGCAAAUAACACAACUCAGCAAUCUCCGCAAGCUAUUCGCGUUGGACAACACAAAAUAUUGAUGACAAGUCAGACUCAACAACCUCAGCAACAACAGCAGCAGCAAUAUCAAGAAGAAGUUACACAACAACCUCAACAACAUCAAGGCCACAAUCAAACAGAAGGAAUUAACGCACCAACAACAUCAACUUUUACACCGAAGAAAGAUGGCGAUUGUGAUGACUUGGAAGAUUCAAUAACAGCGACAGCAAUUUCAAAAUCAUCUCGUUCUGAACCUCCACCAUUGCAGCCUCAAUCAGGAAAUCCAAUUUCAGCUGAAGAAUAUAAAAAGCGAGCAAUGCAACAUCAGAAUUCAGGUCGUGUUGGUAUUGUCAGACCAAUCACUGCAACAGGAAAUCAAUUAAAAACGCCAACAAAGAAUCCAGCACUUCAAGUCAUCCGUCAACGUCCAUCGCCACGGGGGCAGUUCCAACAGCCUGGAUUGACUCAAGAACUUGAAGUAUCCGAACGAGAAAGUGCUAAGAUGCUUGUGAUAUUAGACAAUGGGGAGCAGCGAUUAAUAACAUUCACUUUACCGAAAGAAACUUGUACAGUACAGGAAUUACUUGAACAAGUAGGAAUUCAAGUUGGUGCUGACAGUAAUAUUGAAUGUAUUGAAAAUCCCGGUUCGGAAAUUGAUUACAUUGUGAAAGUUGGGAAUUUUGCUUCGCGUGAUACCACAGCUAUGACAAAAGCAGCAGAAAAUCAUAUCAGACAACAACAUCAACGUCAAUUAAUUCAAAAUCAACGAAAUUCAAUCCUUCAACAGCAAUCACAGCAACAAACAUCGCAACCGAACGAUGUCGCUAAAGCAAAAAGUCCGGAUCUGCCACCACCUAAAUAUGUUGCUGGAUUUUAUGCUGUUUGCAGUUCUUGUGGACUGUCUGGUGCUGACCAUGCGAAAUGUGAAAGAUGUCAUCGUAUUUUUACAGAAGAACCGAAAACGGUUCGAAUGCCACCAAAUUUGACACAAAAUAAUCAGAAAAUUGCUUUACAAGCAAUUGCUGGCUCAACUCAAACUCAUAAAACGAUAACAAUUGCACGUUUGACAAAUCAAGAAAAGAAGGAUCAAAUUGAAGCAUUACAGAAAAAACAUCAAAUAACAACGGCACAGAAGCAAACAGCUGGUCGUGGUGGCCGUGGUGGGAUGACAUCAACACGAGGACGUGGUGCACCAAAAGGUCCGAGAAAAACUGUUGCACCUGAAAUUGUAACUCUCAGCAGUGAUGAUGAUGAUGAUUCAUCAGAGGCGAGUAAAUCAAAAUCCAAUUCGAUGUUGAAGCAACAAGAAAAACAAGUUUUGAAGAAAUCAUUUGAACCAGAAAUCGUUGACGAUGUUGUUGCCGUUGCACAACAACCUCAACAACAUCAAAACCACAAUCAAACAGAAGGAAUUAACGCACCAACAACAUCAACUUUUACACCGAAGAAAGAUGGCGAUUGUGAUGACUUGGAAGAUUCAAUAACAGCGACAGCAAUUUCAAAAUCAUCUCGUUCUGAACCUCCACCAUUGCAGCCUCAAUCAGGAAAUCCAAUUACAGCUGAAGAAAAUAAAAAGCGAGCAAUGCAACAUCAGAAUUCAGGCCGUGUUGGGAUGGUCAGACCAAUCACUGCAACAGGAAAUCAAUUAAAAACGCCAACAAAGAAUCCAGCACAAGUCAUCCGUCAACGUCCAUCGCCACGGGGACAGUUUCAACAGCCAGGAUUGACUCAAGAACUUGAAGUAUCCGAACGAGAAAGAUCUAAGAUGCUUUUGAUAUUAGACAAUGGGGAGCAGCGUUUAAUUACAUUCAGUUUACCGAAAGAAACUUGUACAGUACAGGAAUUACUUGAACAAGUAGGAAUUCAAGUUGGUGCUGACAGUAAUAUUGAAUGUAUUGAAAAUCCCGGUUCGGAAAUUGAUUACAUUGUUAAAGUUGGGAAUUUUGCUUCGCGUGAUACCACAGCUAUGACAAAAGCAGCAGAAAAUCAUAUCAGACAACAACAUCAACGUCAAUUAAUUCAAAAUCAACGAAAUUCAAUCCUUCAACAGCAAUCACAGCAACAAACAUCGCAACCGAACGAUGUCGCUAAAGCAAAAAGUCCGGAUCUGCCACCACCUAAAUAUGUUGCUGGAUUUUAUGCUGUUUGCAGUUCUUGUGGACUGUCUGGUGCUGACCAUGCGAAAUGUGAAAGAUGUCAUCGUAUUUUUACAGAAGAACCGAAAACGGUUCGAAUGCCACCAAAUAUGACACAAAAUAAUCAGAAAAUUGCUUUACAAGCAAUUGCUGGCUCAACUCAAACUCAUAAAACGAUAACAAUUGCACGUUUGACAAAUCAAGAAAAGAAGGAUCAAAUUGAAGCAUUACAGAAAAAACAUCAAAUAACAACGGCACAGAAGCAAACAGCUGGUCGUGGUGGCCGUGGUGGGAUGACAUCAACACGAGGACGUGGUGCACCAAAAGGUCCGAGAAAAACUGUUGCACCUGAAAUUGUAACUCUCAGCAGUGAUGAUGAUGAUGAUUCAUCAGAGGCGAGUAAAUCAAAAUCCAAUUCGAUGUUGAAGCAACAAGAAAAACAAGUUUUGAAGAAAUCAUUUGAACCAGAAAUCGUUGACGAUGUUGUUGCCGAUACAUUCGAGAGGAAAAGUGUUACAGAAUUCGAUGGAAAAGAGGAAAAAAUAAGCACCACGAUUUCUUGUAGAACUAUCCGUAUUGGUUCCUAUAAAUUUGACUCCAAGGAAAAGGUUAAUAUAACAAACAAAGGCAUUCAGAUUGUUGCUCCUUCGUUAAAAGACAAAGAUCUUGUCGUUUUAAAUAUCCAGCAAUCUGAAAUUAUAAAAGUUGUCACACAUUACAGCAAACAAUUACAAAUAAUCUUUCUGUAUACAAAACCAUCCACUGCUCGUUAUAUUGUUGAGCAAUUACAAUUGUCUACAUCCAGUGAUAAUAAAAUGACACACUUCUCACCGCUCUCUCCUAAUGAACCACAAAGAAAAAUUGUUUUCUUAGCUGAAAAUGUAACCGAAGAGAAUCGAAGCACAAUUAAAUCAAUUUAUGAUACUUUGAUACUGGAAGAGAUCAGCAAUAAAGAUGCAAAUGAGAUGCUUGUUCGUUCUACAGGAAUCGCUUUGAUGACGUCUGGUCAUUCAUCAAAUAAUAAUAGUAUCGUUAGCAAUACUAACGAGUCAUCUGUAACGGUGCAAGAAAUUGAAAUCAAGAAAUUGUUCAUUUAUCCACCUGGUCGAGGUGGAAUUCCAGUCACAACGAACGACUACUUCUGCCUUGCCAGUGAUGUUUACUUAAACGACACAAUAAUUGAUUUUUAUUUAAAAUAUUUGUUUGAUGAAGUUCUAACAGCUGAACAACGUGAUCGGACGUACAUUUUCAACUCAUUUUUCUACACCAUUCUUACUCGUGUUCGAAAGAAGGAAGAGCAGAAAUUAACAGCAGCACAAAAGCGUCAUUCUCGUGUAGCUUCAUGGACUAAAAAUGUUAACAUUUUUGAUAAAGACUUCAUCAUAAUUCCAAUCAAUGAACAAUCCCAUUGGUUCUUAGCUAUAAUUUGCUAUCCAAAUCUCACCGAACCUCAUACAAUGGAUACAGAUCAACCAAUUAAAUUGAUUCCUAUUCAAAAACGUACACAUAAGAAACCUGCAGUUCAAAUAGGAAGCACAACAAUUACGCCGCUUUCUAAAAAAGAAGAAACUAUCAAAGUGUUGGAUGACGAAGAUGAACGAGAUGAAGCAGAAGGUGAUGACAGUGAUUUAGGCAGUGAUUUAGGGAGUGAGGAGGAAGAAGUUAUCGACAACGGACAACCAGUAAAAGUACCAUGCAUACUUAUUUUUGAUUCCCUUCUUGGGGCUCCAAGAAAUCGUGUUGUGGCAACGUUACGUGAUUACUUGACAUGCGAACAUCGUGCUAAGUUUCCAAACCAACAACCAUUAAGACAAUACUCAAAACUUAAUAUUUUUGGAAAUCAAGUUAAAGUUCCGCAACAAAAUAAUUUCACAGAUUGUGGAUUAUUUUUACUUCAAUAUGUCGAGCAGUUUUUCAAAGAUCCAAUCAAAGAUUUUCGCAUUCCAAUAAAAUUGUUGGUCCUACAAGCGGCACCCAAAGUUGUUGUACAGCGGAAUACGGAUUUGUUGCAAACUCCAACAAAUCUACCCCAAAUUAUUGAUCAACAGAAUCAGCAAACAAUUCAAUAUCAUUAUUCACCACAAAUUGAUCAACAGGGACAGACACAACAGCUCGUAAUUCAACAACAAUCGCCACAAAUUAAACAGACAAUUUAUCCUCAACAAGGGAAUCAAGUUGUAUCACAGCCGCAUUACUUUCAGUUGCAACCAAUUCAGCAACAAAAUAUUGUCCCACAAGGAGCAAAAAUCGUCAUGCAGAGUGGAAAUCAAUUGCGUUACAGUUUCAUCCCCAAAUCUCAGCAACAAGUACAACAAAUCGCAGUUCAGAAUCAACAAACAGGUCAAAUUAUGCAAAUUAAUCAACAGCCACAAAUUCAACAGCAAUCAAUAAGUGGAGUGCGACAAUUUCGACCGAAAAUGUUAGGACCGAAUGUGAGAGUUCGUGUUGGAAGUCCAAUUUUACAGCAGCAACAACAGCAACAGUUGCAAGUUCAGACGUCAGUAAUUCCACAAAGAGUAAGAUCUCCACGGCCAAGAUUCACAAGACCUCAACAAUCACCCCAAACUCCUGUUCAAAGCAACAACAAUCAACAGAUUCGUCCGCAAACCCAACAAAAAAUGGUUUACUUUUUACAAACAAAUGCUGAUGGCACUUCAGUCUUAUUGCCACAUCCACAAUAUGCAAAUAACACAACUCAGCAAUCUCCGCAAGCUAUUCGCGUUGGACAACACAAAAUAUUGAUGACAAGUCAGACUCAACAACCUCAGCAACAACAGCAGCAGCAAUAUCAAGAAGAAGUUACACAACAACCUCAACAACAUCAAGGCCACAAUCAAACAGAAGGAAUUAACGCACCAACAACAUCAACUUUUACACCGAAGAAAGAUAGCGAUUGUGAUGAUUUGGAAGAUUCAAUAACAGCGACAGCAAUUUCAAAAUCAUCUCGUUCUGAACCUCCACCAUUGCAGCCUCAAUCAGGAAAUCCAAUUACAGCUGAAGAAAAUAAAAAGCGAGCAAUGCAACAUCAGAAUUCAGGCCGUGUUGGGAUGGUCAGACCAAUCACUGCAACAGGAAAUCAAUUAAAAACGCCAACAAAGAAUCCAACACUUCAAGUCAUCCGUCAACGUCCAUCGCCACGGGGACAGUUUCAACAGCCAGGAUUGACUCAAGAACUUGAAGUAUCCGAACGAGAAAGAUCUAAGAUGCUUUUGAUAUUAGACAAUGGGGAGCAGCGUUUAAUUACAUUCAGUUUACCGAAAGAAACUUGUACAGUACAGGAAUUACUUGAACAAGUAGGAAUUCAAGUUGGUGCUGACAGUAAUAUUGAAUGUAUUGAAAAUCCCGCUCUGAUUAAAGCAGCAGAAAAUUAUAUAAGACAACAACAUCAACGUCAAUUAAUUCAAAAUCAACGAAAUUCUAUUCUUCAACAAUCACAGCUGGAAGUAGAACGUCGUGAAGCACUUUGCCGACAUUUAUCUGAAUCUGAAAGUUCUUUGGAAAUGGAAGAAGAAAGAAUCUUCAAUGAGAAUGUUGGACUUGCUCGCACACGUACCAUCAGCUCACCAGUUCCACAUAGUCCUUCCAGUAGUCGUCCAUUGUCACCGACUCGUUGUUAUGCUUGUGGGCAAUUGUUGAGUCGUCGUAGUGAACGCUUUAUCAAGCCAGCAAUUCCUUUGUCAAACUUGUGGGAACCGGAUUCAAAAGAAAAGACAGACACGAUGGACAAUUCUCCAUGUUCACAGUCUGAAUCUGAAUCAUCACUUGAUGGAAAUGCUUUAAAUCAUUCAAUGGCACCACCAUCGCCAAUAUCUCGAGAGCAGCUUCAAAAACGAAUCGAUAGCUUGAAUCAGCAGAACAAAGUUUUGCGUGUUGAGCUUGAUACAUACAAGAUUCGAGUAAAGCAACUUCAAGAAGAGAAUAAAACAUUGCGUCAAGCUUCAGUUAACAUUCAAGCAAAAGCUGAACAAGAAGAAGAAUAUAUUUCUAAUACGCUUUUGAAGAAGAUUCAAGCGUUAAAGAAAGAAAAGGAAACUCUUGCACAUCAUUACGAGCGUGAAGAAGAAUGUCUGACGAAUGACUUGUCGAGAAAGCUUGAUCAGCUUCGUCAAGAGAAAUGUAAGUUAGAGUUGACUCUUGAGCAAGAGCAAGAAUGUUUAGUGAAUAAGUUGAUGAGAAAAAUCGAGAAACUCGAAGCUGAAACACUUGCAAAGCAAACAAAUUUGGAGCAAUUACGACGAGAGAUGGUCGAGUUGGAAAAUACAUUAGAGCAGGAGCAAGAAGCGCUAGUCAAUAAAUUGUGGAAACGAAUGGAUAAACUUGAAGCUGAGAAACGUUCACUGCAGAUCCGCUUGGAUCAGCCCGUGUCUGAAUCAGCAGCAAUGAGUCAAAAGCAAAUUCAGCAGAAUGUUAAUGGCGAUGAAGCAUCCGCUCUCACUUCGCACAUUCAAACAUUACGAUCGGAAGUUGAGAAGUUACGCAACAACUUAGCAGCAGCUGAACGUGAAAGUCUAGAAAAGACGCAACAUUUCGCUCAAGAAGAGCGACACAUUCGUGAAGAAAACAUGCGAUUGCAACGAAAACUUCAGCUGGAAGUCGAACGUCGUGAAGCACUUUGCCGACAUUUAUCUGAAUCUGAAAGUUCUUUGGAAAUGGAAGAAGAAAGAAUCUUCAAUGAGAAUGUUGGACUUGCUCGCACACGUACCAUCAGCUCACCAGUUCCACAUAGUCCUUCCAGUAGUCGUCCAUUGUCACCGACUCGUUGUUAUGCUUGUGGGCAAUUGUUGAGUCGUCGUAGUGAACGCUUUAUCAAGCCAGCAAUUCCUUUGUCAAACUUGGGACUCAAUACCUCAGCUCCUAAUGUUUUAGCAACCGCAUCAUUAUCAUCACAAAACAAUAAUAACAACGGUGCCAAUACCGGCAGUAACGUUAGCUUAUCAUCGUUGAACAACAGUCUAAGUUCAACAAGCAGCAGCUCAACAUUGCCAUCCCAAAGCAGUGGACAUAUUUCUGGUUUUGUUCAACCACCCAGCCCCAUGGACACUGAAUCAGGAAAAGAUUAAUUUCGCUAUCGUUCAACAAGUAAUCAAAACAAGAAGAAAAAGAAAAAUUCUAAUCGUAAAUAUUACAAAGAAUUAAAAGUUAAAAACAUUUUUCGCGCCUUUUGGUGACACUAAGCUAUGUCGUUGUUCCUGCGUGUUUAAUUAUUCUUUUUCAACAUGUCAAGUCAAUCAAAACCUUUUUUUUCACAAUUUUAUGAUGGUGAGUUGGAAUUUAUUAAUUUUGGAGUAUUUAUGUGGAACUUUCUCCAUGAAAUUGAAUUUUAAGUGAAUUUCUUAUUGCGAUUUUUAUCCCAACCACCGUCACCACCUUAAUUUGUACGCUUAACAGCAAACACAUAAAUAAUCUACAUAUUGAAUGAAUGUUAAGUUCCCUUCAUUUCUCCUUAUUUACUUUUUUAAUGUUUAAGUUGAUAAAAAAGUGGAAAACAAUGGAAAAUUAAAAUUAUUACUUUUAUUAUUAUUUCGUUUAAGUUUAAGAAUAUUUUUGAUUUAAAAGCUUCGAAGAGUUCCAAACUCUGAAAGCUUUUCAUAAGACAUUAACGUGAAUCUUAUUCAGAAGUCAACUAAGAAGUAACAUUGGAAAUAUUUAAGCAAAUAAGCAUUCAUUUCAAUUAAGAAGAACUAAUAACAGAUAUUUGAAAGACUUUAAUUGCUGAUAACGCUGCAAGAAUUGAAGCCGUGAAAAUUUUCUUACAAUUUUAUUUCCUUCAUCAAUCAAUCAUAAUUGCACAUUUUUGCCUUCUAUCAUUGUUCAACUUUUAUUGAUGUUUAAGACACAAAGAGAGAAGAGAAAGCAUUAGUUAGUUUUUAAAUGGAAUGUCGUGUAUAAAAAGAUCAAAAGUUGCAGCCAAAAAAGCAGAAAAAGUUAUUAAAAAUCCUUUCAAUUGAACACUUUAAGUCAAUAUGUCUCUUAGAGCUUUGAAGAUGUGUCAGAUAAAAAUAAAAGUGAAGAAAAGUUAAAAUUAAAA